UAUUCGGAGAGCGGCGGAGAGUGAAAGAUCUGGCCGGGAUUACUUUUCCGGCAGCUGCACAACUUCUGUUGCAGUUGCAGUUCGUACGCGUCGCUUGCAACAUCGUGUCGCGCAUUGCCACUCCGACUCCGAAUUCGAUUCCAAAUUGGAUUUUCCUCUUCGACUUCGCGUUGCAGUUUUGUGUGUGGGAAAAUGCGACAAAUUAUCCGGCUUCGGGUGUUUUUUUCCGUUCAUUAAAAAAAACGUUUUGUCGCUUGUAAUUGAGCGGCAGUUGCUUUUGUUUUGCCUUUAAAAGAGCAUUUAAUAGUGAAACAGGUGCGUGAGCCAAAGGCGAAACAAGUUGUUACACAAAACGCAGCACAAUAGUAACAACAACAGCAGUAACAACAACAAUUGGCUAAGGAAAAUGCAGUCAAGGCGCACUUAAUUAACAUGCAACUGGCAACGUUCGCGUAAAAAAGAAAUAACAAAGAAAAUAACGACAGCCACGACAAGUUAACGACAACAACACGUUGAAAAGUGCAAUCCGCAGUAAUCAAAACAGCACAACAACAACUACUCCAACAACAACAACAACAAGAAAAGUCCUAGGAAAAAGGUCUCGUUUUUCGCCAGAAGGUGACGAGCGGUCUAAGUUUCGCCAAUCAGUCAGCUAAUGAUGCUGAGCCAGCAGAAGAUGCAACUGUUGCAACAACAAAAAACAAAUGCAACUGCAACUGCAACAGCAACAACAACUGCGGAUGCGCCCUGCAGCUGCUAAUUAAACCGCUGCUGCUGCGCCGAGGGAUGAACAAUUGCAGCUGCAACAAUCAGCAAUUUGUGCUUCGACAACAGAACAAUAUCUCCAGCAAAUAAGCCAUAAUGUCGUUGGUUUUGCGAAGUCAACGCGCCUUCAUUGAGGAAAAUGCUCGUCCCUCUUCAUCCUCCUCAUCCGCGAAUCCAUCUCCUGGUGGCAUGAGUCGCUCGGUGCGCAGCUGCAACUGCUGCCCCUAUGGAUACCACAUCGAUCUGGACUUCGUGCGCUACUGCGAGGCGCUGGCCCACGAGAAGCCCAGCGAGGAGGAGCAGCGGCGAAGGGAUCGCCGGAGAUCCCGCAAGUCCAUGGAGUUCAUGCUGGGGUUCGAGAGCCUCUUCGGCGGCGAUUGGCAGGCGGAGUCGAGGGUCCAGGGAAAGCUAAGUGAGGCCUCACAUGAAAGCGAACCGGAUUCGCCACGCCCCAUUGAAGGGGCGGUGAAUGCGUCGCCGUUGUACAGCACCACUCCGUGCUACCGACCGCGAUCCUCAUCGGUGCCCCGUUUCACCUACGGCAGCAUACCGCCUCGUUCGGAGUCGCCCUUCGGCACCGCCUCCUCCACCUGCUCCUCCCUUCGCGGAGGCGUGGAAAGCGAUGUCGGGGUGGGGGGAUCCUCCCUCUACCAUCAGCGGCACAAGCCGGCGAUCAGUCCGCCGGAGACGAGAGCCUUUCUCCACGAAGCUCUGGACGAGGUGUGCAGCGAUUUCGAGAGGACGCUGGAAAGGACCUCGGUGAAGAGGCGCAAGGUUCCCUACUCGGGAUCCCUCUCCAUGGAUCGCAACAACAACAAGCUCAGUCUGAGCCUCACCAAUGGUCAUGGGUCGUCGAAGGAGCACAGAAGUCAUCGACUGGGCAACAGCACGUGGGAUCGCUACUUUGAUGUGCCAGAUUCCUGCAUCGGUGGCAAUCGAUCGCCCACGGGAACGCCACGCCCCUUCUUGCGAUCCAAUACGCUGCCGUUGCAACAACGACCGAGUCCCGCGGAGGUGCAAUAUGAGAGCUAUGUCAAGGCCACCGUGGCAGCCAAUGCCAAGUCGCCGGUGGAGCAGCUGGAGUCCGCCAAGUCGCCGGGAGAUCCUCCACCGCCGCCGCCGAGGCGCCACCACCUGUUGACCACCACCACCACUCUGACUUCCAAGGAGGAGGUGCGCCAGCCGGAGAAUGGAUCCAUGAGCAGCAGCUCCCUGCAGUCGCCCGUCGUCUCCGAAACUGGCCAAGCCAUCUCCGAUGCUCAGGCUCUCGUCCAGAUCCGCGAGCAGAUGGCCAAGAGCCUAGGGAGACUCAAGGAUCUCGAGGAGCAGGUGAUGGUCAUUCCCGGCCUGAAGCUGGAAAUCGAUUCGCUGCGUUCGGAAAAGGAGAAAUUGCAGCGCAGGAACGAGGAGCUCCUUCGCAGUCAAAGACAGACGCCUUCGCCACCGAGUCCUGGUCUCAAGACCGCCUCUCCCGUGCAGUUCACUCCCCAAAGGAUCAGUCCAGUUUCCCUGGAGAGCCUGGGAGCACGGAUUCGCAGCAGCUCCGCCUCGGCAUCUCCCUCCCCGAGUGUCGUCCGUAGGGAUGUCUCCACCCAGGCGGUGGUGCGACCACCUGCCACGCGAGAUGUUUCCGUUGGCCACCAGCCAACCACUCGGAAUACGGGAGUCAAUCCCUCGGAAACCGUUUACUCCAAGGAGGAGCUGGAAAAGAAGGUGGAGCAGGCACUGGACAACGCCCAAAGGCAGCAGCUGAGGAAGCUCAUCUCGGUGGGCACCCAGAUGUACGUGCCACAAAGGGAGCAGCGCGACAGUGGAGUGCAAACCCAGCCGGAGCGACCCAAACUGAAAUACAAUGUGGGAAUCACAGCGAAACCAGCAACGAGGGAGAACUUCACCAGCUGCAAACCGGAUGUGCGCCAUGUGGGAUGCUCUGAGGAUCGCCUGGAUGAUGUCCUUUGCGAAAAGUGUGCCGUCAGCAAGAGAAGCGUGGCCUGCGGUCCGGAAAGUCCGCCGGAGAAGGUGAAACCAGCUCCCCAAAUGCCGGGACGCAGCAACACCUUUAGCUUGGGAGAAAAUGAGGCGGUUUCCGUGAUUCGGAAGACCAUUGGCUGCCAGACGCCGGUCACCCUGGUGCUCAGUGCUGGAAGUCAGACCACCACCACCGUGGUUCGCUCCACCGGAGCUCAGGUGAAUCCCCAGCAGCAGCACUCCGGCGUUCAGUGCGGCACCGAGCAGGUGACCCGGCAAACGGACACCGUUGGUCUGCAGCGACUCACCCGGAGCCACACGAAGGCGGAGCAGGUGGCCGAGUCGGUGCCACGCCCCCAAACCCGCCACUCGGCCAGCAAUACGGAUAAGGUGGAGGAGCCACCGGUUCCGGUGCCGGUUAAAGUGCGCACCACCCAUUCCUCGUGCAACACGGAGGAGGUUCGCAAAAGGGACGUGGGAUGCGGUGAUAUCGUAAAGCCGCACAUCUCGAUCGCCUGCGCGGCCAACUACUGUGAUUCCUGCAAGGAGGCCAUCCAGGACCUGGCCAGGGGAUUCUCCAAGACGAGUCCCACCGCCUCCCGAACGGGAGGAGCAGUUCGACGGUCCACUUCGGCGGACUCGAGGAUCCCACGGCCCAAACACCUCACCAGCCCGAGUCCGGUUCGGAAAGAGUUUAAGAGGCAGAACACCUACACACUGGCCACUCCUUCGCCAACUCCAAGUCCUCAGGUGGAGAGGAAGGCGCGAUUGAGCUCGCUGCAGGAGAAGCCCCCCACUGUGUCCAGUUUCCAGGUGGCGGAUCCUUUGGCGGAGUCGCAGAGCUUUAUUCGCCAGCCGAAGAAGGAUUUGCUGGACCUCAGCCUUUUGGGCGAUGAUGAGCUGAUUGUGCGGGAGGAGAAGCGGGUGAGCAUCAGCUGGUCGCGGGAUGCCUCUCCCGCCCCACUGAUGACCUCUUCGGGCACCACCAAGUCCGAGUCGCCGGAGGAGGAGCCACCGAUGAGCUCCUCCAGCGACUCCAGUCCGCCCAUCGAUGUGCAGAUCGCCCAGGGAGCUCGCAAGAAGUCCAGCACCCCAUUGAAAUCUAGUCAGAGCGAGGGCUCCCAGGUGACCGUCAUCGAGCAGCCGGCCACCAAGGCCCAGCUCCACCAGUUGGCCCAGGCGGAUGCGGAACCCCGAAAGAAAACUGAGCUGUCCAAGGGUCUGAAAGAUGCCCUCAAGCUCAUCAACGACUCGCUGCUGAAGAAGUUGGGCGCCAAGCCCAUAUCCUCGCAGAGCCUUAAGUCGGCCAAGGCCACCAUCCAGGAUCACUGGUUCAUGAACUCCAGCACGGGGAAAUCCGAUCCCCACCAGGUGGAGGACUAUCUCGAUUACUUUGAGUCUCUGUCGGUGCCUCUGCUGGAGUAUUGUGUUAACCUCUCCGACACCAAUGGCAACACAGCCAUGCAUUAUGCAGUCUCGCACGGCAACUUCGAUGUGGUAUCCAUUCUGCUGGAUUCUAAGGUUUGCGACGUAAACCAGAUGAAUAACGCCGGAUACACGUCGGUGAUGCUCGUGUCGUUGGCCAAGUUGAAGCAACCAUCCCAUCGCACAGUCGUCGAGCGACUGUUCAAGAUGGCCGAUGUCAACAUACGGGCCAAGAAGCACUGCCAGACCGCCUUGAUGCUCGCUGUGUCGCAUGGUAACGGCGACAUGGUCAACAUGCUCCUGGACGCCGGCGCGGACAUCAACAUCCAGGACGAGGACGGCAGCACCGCGCUCAUGUGCGCCGCCGAGCACGGACGCGUGGAUGUGAUCAAGCACCUGCUCUCGCAUCCCGACUGCGAUUCCCUGAUCAACGAUGUGGACGGCAGCACGGCCUUCAAGAUCGCCUGGCAGGCUGGCCACCGGGACGUGGGUCUGCUGAUCUACGUGCACGAGCAGAUGCUCCGGAGCAAGCUGCCCAACCGAGGGGAUCCGAUGAGGAGCUCCCUGAUUUCGCCACAGCGCCACAAGCGCCAGCCAUCGCAGUAGAUUCGUAGCCAUUUUUAGCGGUAUUAGCGGCCAAUCGAGACGAACAAACAAAAACAAACAGAUAGUGUCUAAGUUCUAAAUUAGCAUUUCGCGGAGAGAGUUUCCCAAAAAACAUUCCACAGUCCGCAGAGGAGGAAAGCACAAAGGCAGCUCACUUACACUUACAUUUGUAUAUUAGAGUUCGUUUGUCGUACGUUUUAUUUAUUUGUAAAUCUAAUUUUAGUGCUAGUGUCUAAUGUAUGUAACUCUAGUUUCGAUCUUAUUAACCAACGAAAGCAACAGACUCUUUAAUAAUAUAUCUGAUAUUUAAUGUAUCUGAAACACUA